AUGAUAAGAAAAAAAACUAAUGAAUGCCCAAAAUGUGGCAAAAUUUAUAUGUUACCAAGUUCCCUUAAAACUCAUUUGCUUUGCCAUGUAAAUGACGAUAAGCACACCUGCCCUGAAUGUCUUAAGGUGUUCAAAACAGAAGUGCAGCUAAAAGAGCACAUUUCAUCCCACCUGAAAACAAGUGCUAACUUUGUUAGCAGAGUACACAAUGGGCAAAUGUUGUCAAAGAUGAUCAGUAACCAAACUCUUACAAAAGGUGAUAGUUCUAGGUCUUCUGCAGAUGAUCUGACAGGUGCCUGUUUAAAAGAGCUGGUGAGAAUAUACCGGAGAUUGCUCAAGUGUCCAAGAUGUCCCAUGACAUUUUUUGUCAAGUCAGACUUGGAGAAUCAUCUGGCCAGCCACUCUUACGAUAACAGGGUGUGUGUUGGAUUUUCUACAGAGUUUUCUGGUAUACAUGAGUCUGUGUUGACCAAACCUGGAAGUAGUUAUGUCCAUAAAUCAACGCCCAGUAUUCUUUUACAAGAAUCAAAAGCAGAUAGAUAUAAUACAAGUCAAACACUUCAUAACAGUGAUAGAGAUGAAUCUUACUAUGAUUCCCAUCAAAUUAUGAAUAACAAGGAAAGUGAGGUUAUUGUUAUUGAAAAUCCAAAAACUGUAGUCUGUAAAGAAUUGAGGACAAUAGCUCAGAGUGAUGAAACUUCUAAGUAUGACAAGAAUGAGUCAGAAAUAUCAUCAAAUGAGAAAGAUUUCAUUUCUCAAGGCAUUACCAUUAAAGUAGAAAAUAGUAAUAGAGGUAAAGAUUACAAUGUUGAAAAUGGCUGUGUGGAUGCUUCCUGCAAUAUCUCAGGUAAUAUAACUCCUACACAAGAUUGCAAUUCAGAUUGCUUUAGUCUGUUAUCAGAAACAGAAUUGGAAAAUUACAAAAGUAUAGUGUCCCAGAUGAGCUUAGACAGUGAAAGUCUAAGUAAGUCUGAAUGUGGGGAUUGUUUUGUGACAGACACUCUACUGGAUAAAUUUCCUUGCCUCAUUGAAAGUAAGGUAAUAGUAGGAAGUGGUGAUAGGUAUGGAGUAGUAGAAGCAACUAUAUGUGAAGAUUACUGCACACUUUUCAAGUGCAUUAUGUGUCCUAUGAUUAUUUUAGGUAAAAAUGAGAUAGAAUUUCAUGUACAGUCACAUACUGAGGAAGUCAAGGUCAAUGAGAACUGUACAAGAAGACAAGAAAAUUCAGAAAAAGUCAGACCUUUAGACAAUUCUUCUGACAGCAAUUAUGAAAAUGAUCACAAAUCUCUAGUAGUGAAAACAAAGGGAGGUGCUUUUAAGUUAUGUUUGAAAAAGGUUUACCAAAAAUAUUAUAAGUGUAUGAAAUGCCCAAUGGUAUUUUUGACCAAGUCAGAAGUACUGAAUCAUAAAAUUGUUCAUGUACCAGAUAAAAAACUGUAUCGUGGAGCUCAUUCUCAGAAUGGUGUUUCAGUCCAAAAUGAUGAGAAAGGAUUGGUUCCUGUAGGAAAAGUAGGUGUAAGUAAUGAAACUCAAAGGUGUGACUUGAACUCAGCUGUGUACUAUCCUGUUUUCCAAUGUUCUGUGUGUGAAGUGAUGUUCUUGAGUAGAGCAGAACUUAAUAGUCAUUUGGCAGGACAUAAGCUGGAAAAUUUUUCUGAUGGUGAAUUAAAAGUGGCUUGUGGAGAACUGAAAAAUGUUGAAAAAGUUAAUAGCACAAGUAGAGGCUCUGAGAAGUGCAAGUUCCAGGUUUCUAGUCUGUUUUGUAUUCCAUGUAAUAAGAAAUUUGACAAACGGAAAAAGUAUUUUGACCAUAUGAGACUCCAUCGCAGUAAGAAGUACAAAUGCAAAGUUUGUGAUAAGAAAUUCAGGGCAAAUUCUUAUCUAAGAAAGCACAUGCAAGUUCAUUCACGGCCAUUUAGUUGUAUCAAGUGCAAUAAAUCUUUUAAAAGUGAUUAUGUUUUAGAAUUACACGAAGCACUUCAUUCUGAAGCCCGUCCCUAUAAGUGUAGUAAAUGUGGAAGUGCAUUUAGGAAUAAAAUUUCUUUAAAUUUGCACAAUUUUGAUCAUAUGACAAAUAACACUUUUACCUGUGAGGUUUGUAAAAACAUGUUUGAAAAUUCACAUUUACUUAAUUUGCAUAUGAAGACACAUCUUGAAGAUUUUUGUGAGGGAGAGACAUAUAAAUGCUCUAAGUGUGACCUAAGUUUUUCAGACAGAAAUGACUUUGAGUAUCAUUUGCAGUCCCAUUUAGUUAAAAAGCCUUUUAAGUGCCAAUAUUGUAAUAAGAGGUUUAGUGAGAAACAGCAAUAUACUUGUCAUCAAAAACUACAUACAAGAGGAUUGACUCAUCACUGUUGCACUUGUAAAAGAAGCUUUUCCUCAAGAUAUGCUCUUACAAAUCACAUGGAUACUCAUUCAAGUAAUAAACAAUAUCUUUGUUAUAUUUGUGGAGCUAGUCUAGUCCAUCGAUCAUCUUACUACUCUCAUAUGAAAAAACACACAGGUGUUAAAGAGCAUCAUUGUGAACUCUGUGAGAAAAAGUUUUAUCAUAAAGGAUCAUUUAAAAGGCACAUGAGUAUGCAUUUUGGAAAAAAACCGUAUCAUUGUGAGGUAUGCAAUAAAAGUUUCAAACAGAGUGCCCACCUCAAAAGUCAUAUGAUUUUUCAUAGUGGGGAAAAACCUCAUCAGUGUACAAUCUGCUUUAAAAGUUUUACUCAGAAAAGUUCUUUAAAAGUACACCACCUGACCCACAGUGGUGGACCUUACAAGUGCACCGAUUGUAGUCGAACAUUUACUCAGAAGAUUGCUCUUCUGAAUCACUUGAAGUGUUUUGGAAAGUCAUAUCCUUGUAAUCUUUGCCUGAAAACUUUUACAAGAAGAUCCUGUUUUGUCUACCACAAGAAGGGUCAUCUUCUGGGAACAUGUGUCAUCAAUUUUGAUGGACAUGAUAUUGAAACUUUCAAUGUUGUUGAUGAACAUAAAGAGAUUAUUAUAAGCGAAGCUGAUGAACAUAAAGAGAUUAUUAUAAGUGAAAUUGAUAUGUGUGAUGCUGGAGAGGAAAUUGUAGAUGCUCACUCAGUUAACGUUGAUAUAACUGAAUCUGAAGACGUGAUUAUUGAAUCACAUGAAGCCGCAGCUACUCUUGACCCCCACGAGUUUCAGUCCCUUACAUUUUCUUGUCAGGAGACUCAAGGGUUUGACCUGAGUAAUUUAAGUCAAACAUUUGUUUUUCGCUCUCCUGAGGAUCACACAGUUAACCCUUGUUCCAUUGUAAGUCAGGCUGACUUGAUUACUCUUGAUGUGGAUCCAUUUGAUGCUGGCUGUGAUACUACUCAAGAAGUUCAUUUCAAAUCUGAUGGAAGUAAUGUAAUUACUGUAGAUAACUGUGAAAGUGAAACCCUGUCUCUAAGCUCUCCUGAUCCUCAUGUUUCACCUUUCACAUAA